CAAAAAAAGCCGCCAUCUUGCUUAGUCUGUGGCGCGCAGUUGGCGCGAAGCGACGUUCCCGCCGAAACAUUUGAAUCGAGAACGCUACGAAACUGUCACUAUUUCCUCUUGCCGUGCGUGCAACGAUUUCUGCGUUUUAAAAAGUUUUCAAGUGAAAAAAGUAUUGACCAUGGAUGUUGUGAUUUUGUGAAUGAUGUGAUAACUUAUUGUAUCGCGGUGUUUCUUUGAAGUUUUGUUACAAGUAUACUUAUAUACAAAUAUUUCAAUUGAUUGUAGUGGACAAUAAAUGUUUUGAAAGUUCAACAUGGGGAGCUCUGAAAGGAGAAAAUCGCUGAUCAAUAUGGAUCACGCGGCGAUAUGGCUGACGAUAGCACUAGCAGUCAUCACAUUCACAACACCCGCGUCAUCGAGCGAGCCGCGCGUGGUCUGUUACUACACGAACUGGUCUGUGUACCGCCCCGGCACCGCGCGCUUCAACCCUCAGAACAUUAAUCCGUACCUGUGCACGCAUCUCAUCUACGCAUUCGGAGGAUUCACCAAGGACAACGCCUUCAAGCCCUUUGACAAGUACCAGGAUAUUGAGAAAGGUGGCUACGCGAAGUUCACCGGCCUGAAGACAUACAACAAGAACCUGAAGACUCUGCUGGCCAUCGGCGGCUGGAACGAGGGCUCGUCGCGGUUCUCGCCCAUGGUCGCCUCGCGGGAGCGCAGGAAGGAGUUCGUUAGGAAUGCCAUUAAGUUCCUCAGACAGAACCGCUUCGACGGGCUCGACCUGGACUGGGAGUACCCGGCGUUCCGCGACGGAGGCAAGCCCAAGGACAGAGAGAACUACGCCAAGCUGGUGAAGGAGCUUCGUGAAGAGUUCGAGAAAGAGUCGGAGAAGACCGGAAAGCCGCGGCUACUGCUCACCAUGGCCGUCCCCGCCGGGAUCGAGUACAUACAGAAGGGCUUCGAUGUGAAGACUUUGAACCAAUACCUGGACUGGAUGAACCUGCUGACGUACGACUACCACUCCGCGUUCGAGCCCGCGGUGAACCAUCACGCGCCGCUCUACCCGCUUGAAGAGCCUAAUGAGUACAGUGUGGACAACGAACUUAAUAUCGACUACACCAUAAAGUUCUACCUGGAGAACGGGGCGGACCGGGACAAGCUGGUCCUGGGCAUACCGACCUACGGGCGCUCGUACUCGCUGUUCAACCCGGACGCGACGGAGAUCGGAGCCCCGGCUGACGGGCCCGGCGAGCAGGGAGAUGCGACUAGGGAGAAGGGGUACUUGGCGUAUUAUGAGAUCUGCGAGUCCCUAAAGCCCAAGUCCCGCAAGCGCGAGGUGGACUCCGAUGACGAGUCCGAGGACGAGGACAGCGACGACGAGGAGCUGCCGUGGACCGUCGUGCAGCCCAACCCGAAGGCCAUGGGGCCUUAUGCGUACAGAGGCAACCAGUGGGUGGGGUACGACGACAUCGACAUCGUGAGCAAGAAGGCCGAGUAUGUCGCCGAAAAUGGACUUGGAGGUAUAAUGUUCUGGUCGAUCGACAACGACGACUUCAGGGGCACGUGCCACGGCAAGCCCUAUCCGCUCAUCGAGGCCGCCAAGGAGGCCUACAUCUCCAGACUGGGAUCGACCGAUAACGCAGUAGCGGUGACGGAGCGAGCGCGUGUGACCAGCAGCAGCUCGCGGCGCCGCAACCGCCCGCGCCCCUCCAGCACCGCCCGCCCCACUGCCGCCGCCAAACUGUCUUCGAGCACGAAGCGCAAGAGCGCGGCGUCCAGCACCACGCCCGCCUGGAGCAUCAGCACGCCCGAGCCGCCCACCACGCCCGACCCCGGAUCUGACUUCAAGUGCACGGACGAGGGUUUCUUCCCGCACCCGCGCGACUGCAAGAAGUACUUCUGGUGCCUCGACUCCGGCCCCUCCAACCUCGGCAUCGUGGCGCACCAGUUCACCUGCCCCUCCGGCCUAUUCUUCAACAAAGCCGCCGACUCUUGCGACUUCGCCCGCAACGUUCUCUGCAAGAAGCCUUCGACAACCACGACUACCAAAGCCCCUCCCAAGACCACCACCGCCAAGCCGCAGACUACCACUAGAGCGCCGACGACCACUGAAGCUGCCACGACUACCAGAAGAGUGAUUAAACUGAGCACCAAGAACUCCGCGCUGUUUAGGACUACGUCGACCACGACUACCACUACUACAGCUGCGCCUGAGGAAAUCUACGACGACAGUGAAGACGAAGCGGCGGAUAUCGACGCGGAGGACCCCAAGGUCAUCAAGGAACUCAUUGACCUCAUCAAGAAAGUUGGAGGCGUAGAGCAGCUGGAGAAGCACCUGCACUUAGCCGAGUCGUCAGCAGCAGCGGCGGCGGACGGACCCACCACCACCGCCUCGCCCUACCACAAGAAACUCUACCAGAAGGUGCUAGAACGGACCAGGAGUAACAAAAACAUCGGUGGCGGCGUGGGCGAGGGCCUGGUGUCGUACAGCCGGCGCGGGCCGCAGAACGCCGGGCUCGAGAGCGACAGCGACAGCGAUAGCGAACAGAGGACGCCCAAGAGAGAUGGAAGACCACAAUACACAACAAUAAACCGUUCCCGCGGCUCCACCACCGAAGAGCCCUCAGACAGUGUCGAAGCACCCGCCGUGCCCGAGGUCAGCAACCGAGCGCGCGCCGUCGACGACUCCCGGUCUACUAGCAACAAAAUAGACGACUCCCGGACUACUAGCAACAAGGACGACUCCAGGUCUACCAGUGAUUCCCGGUCUACUACGAGCAGGCCGCUGCAGUAUGUGAACAUCCGCCGCGCCCGGCCCACUGACACUGCUGAUGAUACCGCUUCUAGAAACGCGCUAUUCGAACGCUCCGAGCCAUACGUGACGGUGUCAGAGUCGAACUCACUGGACAUCGCCAGCGCGCGGAGAGAGAACAUUCCCGAAUACGUAACCAUCAGACGAAGCCGACCCACCACCGAGGAGGCCACCACUGCACAAUACACAAUUACGGAAGAAUCUUCAUACGAAACUUUGCUCGAAAAGGAGAUCUCAUCACCUCUGCAGCCGCAGUACACUUCUAUAGAGCGCAAGCGCCCCUCCACCCCCCCUCCCACCGAGCCCGACACCCCCGAGCCCACCACCGUCCUCGCCGUGCAGAUAUCCUCCCUACUCAAUGCUCCCAACCCUGAAGACGAUGAGGAGCUCGUUCAAACGGAGGCCGCUCCAGAAGAGACCGAGGCUCCUACCACGGUGACGACGCCCGCCCCCUCCACCCUCCCGCCCCGUCGCGCGCCCCCGCGCCGCCGCGGGACCACCACCCCCGCACCCAUCACCUCCACCGUCAGCACGACCACCCAGGUGAGUGACAGGAACUAUACUUUCGUAAGACGCCGCCGCCCUCUCGCUAGGCCGAACGAAAUCAACGCGGACUCGGACGAAACGAACUCGAGAAAGAUCAGGUCCACUACCCCUGAGAGUCGCGAAGCUGAAGUCAAUGCCGAGACUGAGCGCACGUCGGUUGUGUUCAAUCGAAGGUUUAGGCCCAGGAACCAGCAGUCGGCUACUCCGGUCGUAGAUUCGGUCCCGGCCGCGGCUUCUCCCGUGUCUCGUGGGAGGUACAGGCCUCAGGUUGAUCUUGAAGAGUUGUCUACUCUGACUGCGGUUGAGACUGAGCAGGAGGUUGUGCCGCAGUUUGUGCCGCGCUCUAAUGCUGCUACUGUUAGGAGUUCAAGUCGUUUCCGCUCUAGGACAUCGACGGCAGCUGACAGUGUGGCUGACAGCGAUUCGUCUGCAGCCACUGUCGAGGUCCAAAGACAAACGUUUCCUUCACGAGGUCGAAGCCGGUUCUUUCUGAGUACUUCCACCACCGAAGCCACUCAAGAGAUUUCCAGCACUACAGAGCCAAGUCAAAGAAGACCGACUUUCACCAGAUUCUCACCAAGGCCAUUUUCAAGAAGCGGCGUUCCUUCUACUACUGAGGAAGCAAUUAUUGAAGAGAUAGUAGAUGAGCCAAUAAUUGCUUCACCAAGAACACCAUCUCGUCUGCCUUUUGGCCGAGGUAGGCCUGCUAUAUCGACGACUACAACUACACGACCAAAUCUUCAGGCAAGGAGGUUACCGUUCUCUUCAUUUACUCGCCAAUCUACUACUCAAGUGCCAUUUGUAGAAGAAAAUGACGAGGAGUCAAUUGAGGAUACUAAAGAUGACAUAAAACUAUCUGAAAGUGCCAUUGCUGAAAAAGAACAUGAGAACGAAAAUGUUGAUGAAUCAGAUCAGGAGAAUGAAACUAAUAUUGUAAAUAAUGAAACUGAUCCAUUAGAUAACAACGAACCAAUAAAUGAACCCGAAGAGGUGUCGGAGGCACCUAAAAGACGUGUUGUAAUCAAAAAAAUUAGACCAACAAACGCUCCUGAGGAGGAAUCAGUUAUAUCUACAUCUGAUUCACCAGUUUCCUCAGAUGAAACUGGAAGAAAAAAGUUCAGAGUAAUCAGACGGAGACCUACAUCUACUACAACUGUAGUUGAAGACAUCAUUACGACUUCAUCGACUUCAGAAACUCCACCAACUGGUCCUCAAAGAGUACGUAAAAUUAUUCGUAAGAAAAUUAAACCUGUUGAAGAUGAUAUACCAGAAAUCAUAGCCAAAUCUGUAGGAUCAGUUAACGCCGGGCUAGUACAAGAUACCACUGAACCUGUGGCGAAUUAUGGAGAAAAAACUAGACCUAACAUUUUAACUCCUUCUUCAACCUCUGUACCAGUGGAGGAGGAACAAGUUGGUUCUGAGCCAACUGAAUCAAAUCAAACUGAAGCACCGGAAAUUAAAGAACAACAAACUGAAAAUAACGAAGACACAAAAUCCGUUGUAGAGCAAGAAAAUGAGCAGACUAUUGAAACUGAAAUAGAUUCAAAACCUGAAGUAGUUAUUGAAAGCAAUCAAUCAUCAAGUGAACCAACAUCUGUAUCUGAAAGUGAAAUUCAACCAGAGACAGAGGCUUCUACUACAGCAUCGACAACUCAAGCAACCACGCCAGCUCCUAGAGCGAGACUACCGUAUAGACCAGGUAAACGAUUAUUCACGUCUACCACAGAAACUCCAGCACCAAGCAGCAGGACCUACAGCCGCAAAUAUAACGCUGUCUACACGAGUCCAGCUACUGUAGACCGGCCAUCGACUUCGACUACCCGCAGACCCCUAUUCCAAGGCAGGCCAUUUUCUAGAAGACCUUUUACUACCGCUAGAACUACACCCAAGAUUGAAGAUGAGGAUGAAUAUUCAGAUGAAGAGAUCUUGGAUGAAGAACCUGAAGAUGAAUUUGUUGUUGUACCACCCAACCAACUAUUCUCUAGAAGACCUACUGGAAAUGAUAAUAACGAUGAAGAUAAUGAAGAAAAUGACCAAGAUUUAGAAUCAGACAAUGAAGGAGAAUCAAAAGAUGAGCAAGAACAAUUUACUGUAACAUCGAGAAAGCCAAACUUCAAACCUCGUGUCAUUAAUUCUAAUACUUUCAGAACGUCAACUUCUACAACUGAGUUACCUAAACGACAAUUUGUAUCACAAAACAAAACAGCAAUUUAUAAUCGAUUUGGAGGUAACAGACCGGUUAAUGAAACUAAAAAACGAGUCGUAAAUGUACCAGUCGGAUAUAAUACUCCCUCGAAAGCAUCUAGUGAUAGUGAAAAUGAAUCAAAGACCAGUGAGGUUGAAGAAGAAUCUGAUGAAAAUGAAACCGUCACAACUACUGACGGUAAGAAUACUGAAAGUACAACUGAAGAUGAUGAUUAUCUCACUAUGACCGAUAGCACUAGCACAACUGAGUCGGGAACUGGAACCACUAACGAUGAUUCUACAAAUACCGAUACUUUUGCCACAGUCACAGACCAAAUGGAAAUUGAUGACAGUACAGAUGACUUUUUGGAAUUCACCGAAGAAACUACAUCAUACCCUGGUAAUUCAGACACAACUUUCUACACAAAUGAUGUAUUUGAUGUAAAAACUACGUAUGUAAACCGUGUUACUGUUGCGACAACCACAGUCCCUGAAGCUACCACUGAGCCAAUACCCGAAACAACCACAACCACCACCACCACAACUACUACUACCACUAAAGCUCCACCAAGACUUAAAACUCAAUUUGACAAACUGUUUUCAGUUAGUAGAGUAGUAGAAGUAUCAUCUAAACUUGACAAGCACCGUAUCAACAAGAAUAACGAAAGCCGAUUAAUUGAAGAAGGAACUAUCAUGCAAGAAAAGAAACCCACCGUUGAUAAAAUCGGUGAAGUGAGCAGGUUCAGUCUUAUCAAAAUAUUUGAAGAUGAAAUACCAAUUUAUCUAACCAAAUAUGGCCACAUAUACCCGGUAGAUAACCCUCCUGAUAAUCCGAUUCGCAUUGACGAAGCUAGAAAUGCCCGUGCUUUAGUCAACUUUUCAGAUGCUCCAAGAGAGAAUUUACUAGCUUCUGAAAGUAUUAACGAAGCUUACAGAAGUUUAAAUAAAAUACCUCAAGUGCAGAAGGAACAAAAUAAAGAUACUGACCAAGUAGAGAAUGUUCAAGGCGAUAACUUCCUCAGCUACAUUAAUGACGAGAAGAAGGCUGAUGUGCCGUAUUCUCUACCGUACUACCAGUCCGACCCAUCUCAAUGGCAAUUUAUUCCCGCUGCAUACGAAAAUGAAAAGAUGAAACAAAACAAAGCGGCCAAGAGUUUCGAAAUUGUGACUCCUCGCAACAUCAUCGACGAUCCAUCCACAUUACCGCUAGAAGGACUGUUCAAAACUGAGAAUCCAGUAACGUCAAGAAAAAUUAACAAUGUUGGUACUGGCAAUCAGCCUUUCCUCGUUUAUUCUUCUUCUGGAGUAAAAGAAGAUCCUAUAAUGAAGCUAACUGUGCCGAAGCAGGAUGCUGCGAAAAAUAUCAAAACUUACGUUAAAGGGCAAGAAUUGGUGGGAGCUGCAGCAGACGAUGUAGAUGACGGGUACCCAGUAGAUAUGUCAGUAAUACCUCUCACUACCGAAAGCUCUGACAGUACUGCUACAACUAUGGACACAACGGAAACAGUCCCUGUGACCACUAGCCCUAUCUUGGAAAUGUUAACCUCAAAAUCCACGACCACAACCACGGAACAGACGACCGCAGGAACCACGAACGAACCUACAACGGAAACGGUAAUUGAAGAAACGACUACACAAAAACCAUCUUUAUUCGAUGGUAAAAGAUCCAAAUUUGCUUUCCCGCGAAGGCCGAUAGGCGUGAAAACGAAUACAACAAGACCAGUCCCCGCAAUCUCUUCUCGCAUUGCCAAAAAGAACGUCACAUUAUCCUCUAACAGUCUCAACCGCGUUAACAAAACUAGUGGUUUUAACCCAGCCAAGUCCCGGUUUACUGGUGCUAGAGCGCAGAACGUUCCAGUCGAUUUGAGGAGUGGUAGUAGGAAGACGACGACCAGGCCUGCGCCGCGGACCUACACGACCGAGGCGCCGCGGUCCACCACCGAAAAGAGGGUGCUUAUUAAGUCCCUCAGACCAAACUUCAGGCCAUCCUUCGUCCCUCGAAGGCCGACCCCCACAAAGGUCAGUGGGGACACUUAAACUUAUUUCAUAGUAGUUUAAUAAAUUUAAGGAGUCUUUGCUUAGAGACUUCUUGCUAUAGUAAACCUUAGUUUUGGCCAUAA